GCGGCGACCAGUUUUGGGCCGGCGGUCUGCCAGGACCUGCGGUGCAUGUCGGGUCGGGCCACGUCGGGGCCGGGUCGGGUGACGGAGGAGCGAGAUGAAGUUGCUCAGCAAAAUGAUCGAGCGGGACGACUCGGGACAAGUCACCCUGAUGCCGGAAGAGGCAGAGGACAUGUGGCACACGUACAACCUGUUGCAAGUCAACGACAGUCUCAGAGCGUCUACCAUCAGAAAGGUGCAGACGGAGUCGGCCACGGGCAGUGUGGGCAGUAACCGGGUGCGAACCACCCUCACCAUCUGUGUGGAGACCAUCGACUUCGAUGUUCAGGCCUGUCUGCUGAGGGUGAAGGGGACCAAUAUCCAGGAGAAUGACCACGUGAAGAUGGGAGCAUACCACACUAUCGAGCUGGAGAUGAACCGUACGUUUACUUUGGCCAAGAAACAAUGGGACAGCAUAGUGUUGGAACGGAUUGAGCAGGCGUGUGAUCCAGCGCAGAACGCGGAUGUGGCAGCGGUGAUAAUGCAGGAAGGACUAGCCAACAUCUGUCUCGUUACAUCCAGCAUGACCGUAAUGAGGGCAAAAGUGGAGACCACAAUCCCACGCAAACGCAAGGGGAGCUGCACCCAGCACGACAAGGCGUUGGAGAGGUUUUAUGAAUCAGUCAUGCAGGGAAUAAUCCGACACAUCAACUUUGAUGUGGUGAAGUGCUUUCUCAUUGCUAGUCCUGGUUUUGUGAAGGAACAUUUCUGCAACUAUAUGUUCGAGCAGGCCGUCAAAUGUGACCUCCGUUUGCUACUUGACAAUCGCUCCAAGUUCCUGCAGGUCCACUCCUCCUCUGGCCACAAAUACUCUCUUCCAGAAGUGCUCUGUGACCCCAGUAUAACAGGCCGACUGGCAAAUACAAAGGCCGCGGGGGAAGUGAAAGCUCUGGACGAUUUCUACAAGAUGAUGAAACAGGAGCCGGCACGAGCCUUCUACGGGGUGAAGGAGGUGGAGAAGGCAAAUGAGGCCCUGGCUGUGGAAACAUUGCUCAUCUCUGAUCAUCUUUUCAGGAGCCAGGACAUUGCGAAGCGGAGUCGCUACGUGAGGCUGGUGGACAGUGUACGAGACAACGGUGGGACAGUGAGGAUGUUCUCCAGUCUUCAUGUUUCUGGUGAACAACUCAGUCAGCUGACCGGAGUCGCCGCCAUCCUUAGAUUCCCCGUUGCGGAACUCUCGGACCAAGAAGACGAAGAUUCUGGAUCAGGGAGCGACUAGACUGGGCGGGGAGUGAAAAGUCGAGAGACUGGAGAAUCACCCACCUCCCCGGGACAGGUCGAGCCGAGAUCUGCAGAGUGUCCCCGGGGAUCUCGCCCGGUCAGGACUCUCCCCCUCCCCGCGUGCUGGGGUCGCCCUCCCUCACUCCCGGGAUCGUACCCUUCCCACGUCUCGGAUUAAAACCCGCCGCAAACUCA